CCCAAGCGCGCCGUGCUCGAAUGCGAGGCAUCCUGAAAGAUGGUGCUCUCGUUCAUCUUGAUCCAGAAUCGCCAAGGGAAGACGCGGCUGGCGAAGUGGUAUGCGCCGUAUAGCGAUGAAGAGAAAGUCAAGAUGAAGGGCGAGGUCCACCGCCUCAUCGCCCCCCGCGACCAAAAGCACCAGUCCAACUUCGUCGAGUUCCGCAACAUGUCCAAGAUUGUCUACCGGCGGUACGCAGGGCUCUUCUUCUGCGCAUGCGUCGACACAAACGAUAACGAGCUGGCCUAUCUCGAGGCCAUACAUUUCUUCGUCGAGGUGCUGGAUGCGUUUUUUGGCAAUGUGUGUGAGUUGGAUCUUGUGUUCAACUUUUACAAGGUGUAUGCGAUUCUCGACGAGGUGUUCCUUGCGGGUGAGAUUGAGGAGACGAGUAAACAGGUCGUUUUGACGCGGCUGGCACAUUUGGAUAAGCUGGAAUGAAGGACACAGAUUUUUUGGAAGAUAUGAAGAAUGGUGUUGUCUGUGAGGGCCAACGAUAUACUGCUAAAGUAUCUUUGGCAGAACGAACCUCGGGUUGGGAAAGAGACCUCUGCGGUCUGGGGCCUGACAACACGAAUGAACAUAGGUUGCAGAUUGUACGCAGUCUCAUGUCGGAGACGCUCUGCAGCAAUCGCGAAGAGCACUGGUAUUAUACCAUAGAUACGCAAGAUGACGCGGCUUUUGCUAUAGAACCCAAGCCGUCAAACAUAGAACAAGAUGGCCUUGGUCUCAAUAUCUCACAGUACUCUAUCUAC